CUCGCCACUCCCAUCAUGGCGGCCGCCGCCCCUCGCCACACUGGUCAUGGCGGCCCCACACCCGCUCCCCCAACAUGGCCGCCUCGCCCGUCCAUCCUGCCCGUGACCAACAUGGCCGCCCGGGAACGCCGCGCCCAACAUGGCGGCCGCCAGAGGGAACUGAGAGGGCGAGGGGUGGUGAUGUCACUUCCAGUCCGCCGCGGCGGGAGUGCCGGCCGGGCCCCCAUGGAAGCGGGCGAGCGUCGGCCGGGAGUGGCGGCAACCCUGCGGGCGCUGAACGAGGCGCUGGGGCGGCCCGGCGCGCUCUGGGUGAAGGAGAGCGGCGCCCGCAACCUGCGGCACCGGGACUUCCUGGCGCCGCGGGCCGCGCUGGGCGCCGCCUUUCCCGGUGGACAGGUGCCCCCCGAGGCCGUGUCGGCGGUGCCGUCGCUGCGGGGCCCCGCGGUGCUGCCGCUGCGGGGCUGCCGGGACACGCCGGCGGGGCUGGCGGUACAGGUGCGGCGCCCUGAGGCCUUCCAGCGCCUGCUGGGCCCCCUGCCCGGCCCAGCCCUCCCCGCGGCGGGGGCGCGGGAGGGCCCCGUGGUGCUGCAUUGCCCGGCCCUGCGCGGCCCCGCCGCUCUGCGGCCGCGCCACCUCCGCCCGGUCCUGCUCGCCGACCACCUGGCACAGCUGCUGCGCGCCCAGGGGGUCGGCGUGCGCCUGGUCCCUGCCCUCGCCCGGGAGGGCAGCUCGGAGGUCCUGCGACAGCUCCUUAUCGACUGGCCCUCUGGCUCCGGUGGUUCAUCCUUCCCUGAGGCUGUCUCGGCCUUGAAGGCAGCGCUAGGCCGGGCUCCCUGUAACACAGCCUGUGAGCAGGGGCCGGGCACGGCCACGCUGCCCGAGGGUGUCAUCGGUAAAGUGCACCUGAAGAGCUUCGUGGAGCAGCAGGGCUUGGUGGGCUAUGACCCCAACCUGGAUGUGCUUCUCGUGACAGAGGGGAUGCUGAGGUCCCUGGCUGAGCUGCAGCAAGCUGUUCAGCAGUGCCUGGCUGAGGGCCAGAGUAGCUGCUGCAGCAUCAUACAUGUGGUGAACUGUGAGGAGGAAUUCCAGCAGCAGCAGCUGGAUCUGCUCUGGAGAAUUUUGGACCCGGGAGCCCACACAGCUUUGCAGAAACACCUUGUCUGUGGGCCAGUGAAGGUGACCAAUCCCUCAUCACCCAUCAGGGCAGACCAGUACUUCCAGCUCCGAAAGCGCCAGAUGUACGAAGCCUCAGUAAUGAAGUAUGGGGAGCUUGCACAAGAUGAGGCCUGGAGGGAGGUGAUUGAUACCCUGACAGCAGCUGCCAUCAGGUUUGAGAUGCUGAGCACUGCUCAGCGGAGCCAGAUCACUGUGGACCUGGAGAACAGCAGCAUCUCCACAAAGGGAACCAAGAGCGGCGCCUUUGUGAUGUACAACUGUGCCCGCCUGGCCACGCUCUUCGACAGCUUCCAGCGGGCUGUGGAGCGGGGCACAUACCCACCUCUGCCACCAGCGUCCGAACUGAACUUCUCCUGUCUUCGGGAAGAAGGUGAAUGGCUCCUGCUCUUCAACUAUCUCUUGCCCUUUCCUGAAGUCCUGGAGCAGGCAGCACAGCUGCCCACACCCUCCAAGGGGAUCCGGAUCACAGCCAACACAGAGACAGUAUGCAAAUUCCUGAUCCAGCUCAGCAUGGAUUUCAGCUCCUACUACAACCGGGUGCAUGUCCUGGGGGAGCCAUUCCCUCAUCUCUUUGACCAGAUGUUUGCCCGCCUCCAGCUGCUGGGAGCAGUGAGGGAUGUGUUCCACAGCGCGCUGGCGACUCUGCACCUCCCUCCUCUCAGCCAGAUCUGAGCCACCCCUGAAGGAGCUGUGCGAUGGUGUGACAGGCACCUGGACAAUGUGCUGUUAGGGGAGGACAGGGCAUGCUGUCCCCAGCAGGGUGAGGGGCUGCCCCAGCACCAGCCAGGAGACACCUGAGCAGGCACUUCCCCUCCCAGGGUCUGUGGUGUUUGGGGCUUAGCCACAUGCUCCCUGAAGCUGUGCCCAGUGUGUAGGGAAAAGGGAGGGCUCCUGUGGCACCCCACAAACUGUGCUGGGAACACUGAGGGAGGCGGCACCAGGAACCAGUCACCACAAAACCAGGCACCAACAUCACUUCCCUCAAAGCUGUUUAUUGAAGGUUGCUCCGUGCUGGCAGGGAGCUCCUGAGGCUCCAGGCUCCUGUCCGGACCUGGCCCAAGCCCCAGUACUGGGGUCCAAUACACUUGUUGCUGGACAAACAC